GGCCAGGAAAAAUACCCUAUCUUCCGCUGUCCUUCUGCGGCGCGUGAGGACUGAGGUGGCGUCGCCGCGAACUCGUUGCUCGGUGCUCGGCGUCCGCCCCGGCCCCCGGCGUCAUAUAAGUUCGGCCGCGCGGUUCGCUCCAAAAAGGUCCACACCUCACCCACGCCGGUCUGAGCCGUGCCCCCCUUCCUCGCCUCCCUCCACCCCCCUUCCGGCAUUUCGCGCUCCCGCGAGAGAUCGAGGACGAAGCCGGAGACGGGAUGGUUCCCGGCGGGCGCCGGCGAGGGCCCGCCGCCCUCGCCGCGGCGGCGAUCGCUCUGAUGCAGAUCAGUUUUCUAGUGUUUCCAAUCAGCGCACAGGAAUCCAAUAGCUCAAGGGUUGUACCUGCAGAAGGUUACUGCUCCAUGUAUGGUAUUUGUGGGCAACGAAGUGAUGGGAAGGUCUUAAACUGUGCAAAUGCAACCAAAGCUGUUAAGCCAGACACAUUGUUUUCUUCAAGGGUCCAAAGUUUGUGCCCAACAAUCACUGGAAACGUCUGUUGUACUGUAGAUCAGUUUGACACAUUACACCAACAAGUCCAACAGGCUGUUCCAUUUCUUGUUGGAUGCCCAGCAUGCUUGAGGAAUUUCUUGAAUCUCUUCUGUGAGAUGUCUUGUUCUCCGAACCAAAGCCUCUUCAUUAAUGUGACUUCAGUAAAGCAGAUUAAUAGCACUGCGACUGUUGAUGGCAUAGAUUACUAUGUAACUACUAACUAUGGUGAAGAUCUGUAUAACUCAUGUAAGGAUGUUAAGUUUGGAACCCUGAACACGCGUGCAAUGGAUUUUCUUGGCGGUGGUGCUAAAACCUACAAAGAGUGGUUGGCAUUUCUUGGGCGACAAGCGAAACCUAAUGAGCCUGGGUCACCUUACUUGAUAACAUACCGAUCAGACUCUAGCGAUUCAUCUGGUGUGAAGCCUCUAAAUUCUACAAUUUAUUCUUGUGGAGACCCAUCUUUGGGUUGUUCGUGCGGUGAUUGCCCUUCUUCCUCUGUUUGCACGGGCUCCUUGCUGCCUCAGCUUAACACUGAAACCUCCUGUUCAGUUAAAAUGGGUUCUUUAAAGGCCAAAUGCUUGGACUUCUCACUGGUGGUUGUCUACCUUGCGUUAUUAUGCGCUGUUCUGCUGUGGGGUUUGUUAUACAGAACACGAGGAAGAACUGCCUUCCCCUUGAAAACAAAACCAUUGAGGAAUUCAGAUGAUAAGUCAGACUCAAACAAAAAUGGCAAGAGCCCUCAUAACUCAGUUCAGGUACCACUUCAGUUCUUACUUGUUCCCAAGUUCAUGGUUAUUUUUUUGGUGGAUUUAUCUUGGUAUCAGGUGUCUGAAGCUGCAUCCUCUACUGUCAAACCAUCCCAUCCUUCUAUUGUUCAAACUUACAUGUCAAUUUUCUUUAGGAAGCAUGGAAUAUUUGUUGCUAGACACCCUCUUCUUGUGUUAUGUGUAUCAUUGCUUAUCCCUGUUCUCUUAUGUAUUGGUCUCCUUCGCUUCAAGGUUGAAACCCGACCAGAAAAGCUUUGGGUUAGCCCUGGAAGUCGAACCGCUGGUGAGAAGAACUAUUUUGACAGCCAUCUCACACCAUUUUAUAGGAUUGAGCAGCUUGUGUUAGCCACUUCUGCAUCUGGUGGGUCUGCAGCUCCUUCAAUAGUAAAUGAUAACAAUAUGAAAUUACUAUUCCAGAUUCAGAAAAAGGUUGACGAUCUACGUGCAAAUUAUUCUGGGUCAACAGUAGCCCUUGCUGACAUUUGCUUAAAGCCACUCAGUACAGACUGUGCUACUCAAAGUGUUUUGCAGUAUUUCCAGCUGGAUCCUAAAAAAUAUGAUGAUUCGGGAAUAGACCAUGCUAAAUUUUGUUUUCAGCAUUACACUUCUGAAGAGACAUGCUUGAGCACUUUUCAGUCACCUAUUGAUCCUAGUACAAUUUUAGGUGGUUUUCCAGGAAACAAUUUUACCGAGGCUUCUGCAUUUGUAAUAACGUAUCCUGUGAACAACAAGGUUGAGACAACAGGACAAGAGAAUGGGAAGGCCGUGGCUUGGGAAAGGGCAUUUAUUAGUCUUGUGAAGGAGGAAAUACUUCCAAUGGUAUUAGCACAGAACUUGACAUUGUCCUUUUCAUCUGAGAGCUCUAUCCAAGAUGAAUUAAACAGAGAGAGUACAGCCGAUGCAAUUACCAUAGUGAUUAGCUAUAUUGUGAUGUUUGCAUAUAUAUCAUUCACACUUGGAGACCGUCCUUCUCGUUGGCUGUCACUAUUUGUUUCAUCAAAGGUACUGCUUGGCUUGUCUGGGGUUGUCCUGGUGAUGCUUUCAGUUUUAGGAUCAAUGGGAUUCUUUAGUGCUAUUGGAAUGAAGUCCACCCUUAUUAUUAUGGAAGUGAUUCCUUUUCUUGUGCUGGCUGUCGGUGUCGACAACAUGUGUAUCCUUGUGCAUGCUGUCAAACGCCAACCAGAUCAGUCAAACUUGGAAGAGAGGAUAAGUGAUGCACUGGUGGAAGUUGGACCAUCCAUUACAUUAGCCAGUUUUGCUGAAGUACUAGCUUUUGCUGUUAGUGCAAUCAACCCAAUGCCUGCGACCAGAGUGUUUUCCAUGUUUGCUGCACUGGCGGUCUUUAUGGAUUUCAUUCUCCAAGUGACAGCCUUUGUAGCCCUUAUUGUAUUUGACUUUAGGAGGGCACAGGAUGGCAGGAUUGAUUGUGUCCCUUGUGCGAGGAUCCUGUCAAGUCCAACUACUGGUGAUGGUGGCGAUGGGCAGAAGCUCCACUUACUUGCUAGAUAUAUGAGGGAUAUUCAUGGACCAAUUCUAAGUUACCGGGCAGUGAAGUUUGUUGUAAUCGCUGUGUUUGUAGGAUUGGCAUUUGCAAGCAUAGCGUUGUCUACUAGACUGCAACCAGGACUGGAGCAGAAAAUUGUUCUGCCACGAAAUUCCUAUUUACAGGGUUAUUUUGAUGACCUUGCGAAGUACAUGAAAGUUGGUCCACCAUUAUACUUUGUUGUGAAGAACUUCAAUUACAGCUCUGCAUCGGUGCAUACGAAUCAGAUAUGUUCAAUCAACCAGUGUAAUUCAAAUUCUCUUUUGAAUGAGAUAGCAAGACAAUCAUUAUCCCCUGAGACUAGUUACAUUGCUAAACCUGCUGCUUCCUGGCUUGAUGACUUCCUAAUUUGGAUGUCACCUGAAGCAUUUGGAUGCUGUAGGAAAUUUGUGAAUGGAAGUUACUGCCCUCCAGAUGAUCAGCCUCCCUGCUGCCAACUUGAUCAGGAUUCAGGCACUUGCAGCGCAAGUGCAACAUGCAAUAACUGUACAACGUGCUUCCUACACUCAGAAUUGGAUAACGGACGUCCAUCCACAACCCAAUUCAAAGAUAAACUUCCAUGGUUUCUUGAUGCGCUUCCAUCAAGUGAUUGUUCUAAAGGGGGGAAAGGAGCUUAUUCAACAAGUUUGGACCUCAGUGGUUAUGAAAGUGGCAUUAUACAAGCAUCGGCAUUCCGAACAUACCAUACUCCCCUUAAUAAGCAGACUGACUAUGUUAACUCAAUGAGAGCUGCCCGGGACUUCAGUUCUAAAAUGUCUGAAGAUUUACAGAUGGAAAUUUUCCCAUAUUCUGUGUUCUAUAUAUUUUUUGAGCAAUACCUGGGUGUGUGGAAGACAGCUAUCAUGAACAUAUGUGUUUGCCUCGGUACCGUAUUUGUUGUGUGCUUCAUAGUCACCAGCAGUUUAUGGGCUUCAGCGAUCAUUUUAAUUGUGCUGGCCAUGAUAGUCUUGGAUUUGAUGGGGGUGAUGGCCAUGCUUGGUAUUCAGCUCAAUGCAAUUUCUGUUGUAAACCUUGUUAUGUCAAUAGGAAUUGCUGUUGAGUUCUGUGUUCAUAUCACGCAUGCCUUUAUGAUUGGCAAUGGGGACAGAGAAACUCGUGCAAGGCAGGCUCUUUCCACAAUGGGUGCUUCUGUAUUCAGUGGAAUCACCUUGACCAAACUCGUGGGAGUUAUUGUCCUGCGUUUUGCAAAAUCUGAAGUUUUUGUGGUCUAUUACUUCCAAAUGUACUUGGCACUUGUCCUCAUCGGAUUCCUGCAUGGGCUUAUCUUCCUACCGGUCGUUUUGAGUUUAUGCGGCCCUCCUCCAAAAUCAGCGAAGCCAAUUGAACAAAGUCAACCAGCUUCAGCUUCAACCGAGCAGACUUGACGGGAUUUUAUUCGAGUUAACGGUGACAUACUCAAAAAUUAAAAUAGGCCAGUUUGGGACACACUUUUGUGCGUCCAUGUACAUAUCGAUCUCUCCCGGUGCAGAAGUCACAUUGUGUUGUACAGCAUUUGUUGAAGGUGAAAGCAGUGUAUUUUUAGGGUGGUGAAAGCAGUGUUAUAGAUCCAUAGAAAAAGACUGUACAUGUCCAUCUCCUAUUGUUUGCUUAUAACUAGGCUAGUUGGUGCUUACAUAUGGCGGAAAAGGAAACCAAGAGGCGUAUUGGGUCUAGAUUAUGCGGUAUAGCUAGUUUGCUGCAGUCUGCUAGCGGUUUGUAUCUGUUUCACUCGAGAGUACAGAACUACAGAUGCUUGAGUGCCGAUGUUUUGGUAUCGUUAUGUUGUAGCAUUGAGCUUGAUUGGAUUCAUUCCGUAUGUUUGCAAGGAUGUCUUUUAGGCAUGCAAGAGGUGAUUUUAUUUUAAA